AUGAAACCCUGUGAAUGGCCUCCAUUCCUGUUCCUCCUCUUCUUUGUCAUCGCCGUGAUCCUGCCCUUGCCCGCGGCGUCGGCGGCCGCUCAUCGACCCGCGACGACCUCCACGACUACUUGGCAGCAGGAGAGGGAGAUUUUUAAACUGCAGGGUCCACGAAAUGCAUCCGUCCGCCGGAAUGGCAGCGUGGUCCUGCCCUGUCGUCUGCUGGUGGCCCAAGCCAACGCCUAUCGGGAGCACAUGUUCCAGCCCUGGCACGCGGCACCACGCUACAAGAUCUCUGUGCAGUGGAAUAUUGACGACUUUGGCUAUGCAAACGAUACGCUGACGGACAGUUUUGGUGGCCGGUACAGGAUGCCGGGACCGUUUAGUCAGGGUGAGGUGAUUGGAUUUGCAUCAGUAAAUUUUAUAAAACAUGCCCUACAUGGAACCAAAAAGUGA